CUUUUAUUAUUGUGGUUUUCCUGAACGGUGGUAUUACCUUGUUGCCGCUUUUCUGCCUCAGAAUACUGCCGAACUUUGCUCCAAUCCAAUCUACCCUUUAUUCCUUUUCAGGUUCCCAAGAUCACAACAAUAAAAGCGAAUUUGUGUCACGGUGUAAAUAGGUAAACUUCAGAUUUAAAAACAAUUACCAAACUCUAUGUCCGUCAAUUAAAAAAAAUUGAGUUUCCAGGCUUCCACCCGAAUGUGGGAUUUCUGGCAAAUCAAAGUAUUCAUUUCAUGCUCGGAUUGCGUUACUUCGGGUAUCUGUGAGUAACGAGUACUCGAGUAUCGUAUGAUUACUUUGUCAACACCACUAGUAUUUAUGUGACAUGCGGAAUUAAGGUUAUGUCGAUAAACAUCGGUAGAUUAAAAGCAGGCUUAUACGAAAAUUACUAUAAUUUUGCUAAAUAAUUAAUAAUGCAUGUCUGUAGCCUUGUCUUUAAGCGAAAAUAACCUUACCUGUUCGUAAUUCAAUUAACUUGUAUAGUAUUGUAACUGUUGAAUCUAAAUUAGCAGCUAUCAUUGAUAACAAGAAGUUGCGAAAAUCAAUAGAUAAAAACAUUUAUUAGACACCGUAUCCGUGUGCAAAUACUUUGUACCUAGUUUAUCAAGCACUAUAAGCUUUCCUGACCGUGCUUGUCGUCAAUCUUUUAAACAAGCAAGUGAAACAAAUUGUCUAUCUUCAUACAUCCAAAAUGGCCAAAUACAACUUGGGUAUUGACAUUGGUACUACUUCAGUCAAAGUCUGUAUAGUAAAUCUUUCUACCAAUGAGGUCGAAGCUCAGCAUGUUAAGGACACUCAGUCAAAUAUCCCCAGUGAUACAGGGCAUAGUGGAAAUAAGCAGGAUGUGUUCAAAAUCAUUUCUACUUUGAAUCUGUGUGUAUCCAAACUGCCAAAGCAUCUACUACAAGAGGUGGAGGCUAUAGGGGUAUGUGGUCAAAUGCAUGGGGUAGUAUUUUGGAAGAAUGAUGCUACUCAGAAGGCAUGGGAAAUUAUAGAAAAGGAUACAACAAUCAGAUAUGAUGUGGUGCCUGAGAGAGUUUCAAACUUGUACACAUGGCAGGACAAUCGAUGUGACUCUGCUUUCCUUGAUAGGUUACCAAAACCUCAAUCGCACUUGAACAUUGCCUCUGGGUUUGGAUGUGCCACCAUGUUUUGGAUGAAGAAACAUAAACCAGAGAAGUUGAAGAAAUACAACUGCUCGGGAACAAUAUCUGAUUUUGCUGUAGCAAUGUUAUGUAACAUGAACAAACCAAUGAUGUCAUACCAGAAUGCUGCUAGUUGGGGGUAUUUCAACUGUGCUACAAAACAAUGGAAUAAAGAGGUGUUGCAACAGGCUGAUUUUCCUGUGAAUUUAUUGCCAGAAGUUGGGCAGAGUGGAGCAAUUGCUGGAAGCUUGGCAGGAGAUUGGCAUAGUAUACCUAAAGGAACACCUGUAGGUAUAGGCCUAGGAGAUUUGCAGUGCUCUGUUCUAUCUACGGUAGAACGGUCCACAGACGCAGUUCUGAAUAUCUCCACCUCUGCACAAAUCACCUUUGUGGUAGACCAAUACCAGCCCUCUUCUGGGCCCCCUAAGGCGUCUGCAGUGGAUCACUUCCCCUACUUCGGGCACCAGUACAUCGCUGUUGCCGCUUCGCUCAAUGGUGGCAAUGCUUUGGCCACUUUCGUCAAAAUGUUGCAACAGUGGACCCUCGAAUUGGGCUUCAACGUACCUCAAUCAAAAGUUUGGGAGAAACUGCUGAGCAUUAGUCUUGAGGACACUGCAGUUUCUGAUUUGCAGGUACGGCCGACUUGUCUGGGUGAGAGACAUAGCCCAGAUAGAACAGCAUCUGUCAGCAACAUUCAUGUUGGUAACCUACAUUUGGCGCAGGUCUUUAGAGCUCUUUGUAAGGGGUUGGUUGAAAACAUGCGAAGCAUGAUGCCCAGAGAGAUCCUGCAAGAAGCAAAAAUCGACAGAAUAGUUGGCAAUGGUUCAGGCUUAUCAAGAAACAAAGUCCUACAGGCUGAAGUGCAACAACAGUAUCUUCUUCCAUUGGUAUUCACCAAAGGCGGGGAUUCGGCUAAAGGUGCUGCUAUAGCAUUUAGCCAAAAAGAAGAAUAGAAACGUAUUUUGACGUUGAAAAAUGUUAGGGAAUUUGAUGCUGUAAAAAAUAAUUGUAUAAUUGUGUAAUGAUCUGCAUAUCAUUAUAUGUCUACAAAAUGUCUAUCAAAACAAAGUAACAUUUAUCUGCAACUAUCCGUGAACCCACACGAGUAGCUCUCAAUACGACUUGGUAACUUCUGCAUUUCUACGCGAAUUGAAAAAGGAACUUUCGAAUGUGCUAUUAUCUAGUGAAACUUAUACCUCUGCGGCACACAAAAAAUGAAAAAUAGGCAAAAAAAACCGUAGUGUUUUGACAUCUGCGUGGCGAUCGUACCCAUCUUUGAAGUCUUGAAAACUGAUUUAUUCAGUCCUUUUAUCAUUUUUUACUCAGACAGACUUAUUUUCCUAAAAACUUUUCUAGUAUUCUAAUUCGAUGCAAAUUCAAAACAGUAUAGAUAGAAAGAAGAAGAAACAUAAUUGAGCCGCUCUGUAUAUUAUAAGCCUGGCACAGGAUGUAGCCUGACUUCAUUAUUGAUUGUCCGAUUCAAAGCCAUAUUUUUUAUUUCUAAUUUAAUUAUGACCAGCCAAAUAAUAGUAAAAUACUUCAUGCUUCCGUAUGACCUAUAUACGUAUUACCAAAGGCAUUUUUGAUGGUUAUGUUGUUUGUUGAAUGUUAUAAUUUUAGUUAUCAAAGUAUUCACACUUUGUGUAUAUGUGUUGAGCAAGGAAAAACUUUUAUCAGUUUUAGAAACUUUUCUGUGAUAACAUUGUAUGCUUUUCAUUAUUUUAUAUUUGUUGCAUGGUAAAUCAGAGUAAAGCAAGUGCCCUAUAUUUAUACAACUAUUUCUAAUGCGUGAAUAAAUCCGCAAUUCUCAUA